GUCUGGCUCCUGGGAUGGCGCCCGGAGUGGCGCGGCGGGCCCGGCGCCGAGUCCGGGGCGCGCCGCCGGCUGGGGUGCGGGCCCGUUCGGCCGAGGACUGGUGGUGGGACCGGCUGGCGCCGAGCGGCUCCGGGUACCACCUGCUGCAGUCGGACAGCAUGCUGCUGGUGCUGCCCGGCUCGGGGCCCGCCCGCGCCCGCGCGCACAGGCGCGCCGCCCGCCGCGCUCAGCGGCUGCGGUUGCCUGGGUCCCGCGCCACGGCGGCCAAGGCCAAGCCGAAAUCCGCACCCGCACCUGCUCCGGCUCCUACACCCGCGCCUCAGCAAGGGCCCGACCCGGGCUGGGGCGACCGCAUCCCUUUGGAAAUCCUGUUGCAGAUUUUCGGGUUGCUGGUGGCGGCCGAUGGGCCUGUGCCCUUCCUCGGCAGGGCUGCACGUGUGUGCCGCCGCUGGCACGAGGCGGCCUCCCAGCCUGCUCUCUGGCACACCGUCACCCUGUCGCCACCACUGGCCGGCCGCCCUACUAAAGCGGGGGCCAAGGCUGAGAAGAAGCUCCUUGCUUCCCUGGAGUGGUUUAUGCCCAAUCGGUUCUCGCAGCUCCAGAGGCUGACGCUCAUCCACUGGAAGUCCCAGGUACAUGCUGUGUUGAAGCUUGUAAGCGAGUCCUGUCCUCGGCUCACCUUCCUCAAGCUUUCUGACUGCCACGGUGUGACCCCUGACACUUUGACUGGGCUGGCCAGAGCCUGUCCUCAGCUCCACAGCCUGGACAUACAGCAUUCCAUGGUGGAGUCCACGGCCGUGGUGAGCUUCUUGGAGGAGGUGGGGCCCCGUAUGCGCAAGCUGUGGCUGACCUGCAGCUCCCAGACAACAGCCAUCUUGGGUGCACUGCUGAGCAGCUGCUGCCCCCAGCUCCAGCUCCUUGAGGUGAGCACGGGCAUCAACCGAAACAACACUCCCCUCCAGCUGCCCGUGGAGGCCUUGCAGAGAGCCUGCCCCCAGCUGCAGGUGCUGCGGCUGCUGAAUCUGGUGUGGCUGCCCAAACCUCCUGGGCGAGCGGCGACUCCCGGCCCAGGCUUCCCCAGCCUCGAGGAGCUCUGCCUCGCUGGCCCCACCUGCAACUUCGUGAGCGACGAGGCCUUGGGACGCCUGCUGCACAGCUCCCCUAACCUGCGCCUUCUGGAUCUCCGCGGCUGUGCCCGAAUCACACCUGCUGGCCUGCGUGACCUGCCGUGUCGGGAGCUGGAGCAGCUUUAUCUGGGCCUGUACGGCAUGUCUGACCGGCUGACUCUAGCCAAGGAGGGCAGCCCCCUGUUGACUGAGAAGUGGGCCCACACUCUGCGGGAACUGGACUUAAGUGGCCAGGGCUUCAGCGAGAAGGACUUGGAGCAGGCCCUGGCUGCCUUCUCAGGCACCCCUGGGGGCUCACAGCCAGCUCUGUGCUCCCUCAACCUCAGGGGCACUCGGGUCACACCAAGCACGGUCAGCUCUGUGAUCAGCAGCUGCCCGGGCUUGCGGUUCCUCAACCUGGAGUCCUGCCGCUGCCUCCCACGGGGUCUGAAGCGGGCCUACCGGGGCCCAGAGGACGUCCAGCGGUGCCUGGAGCAGCUGCUCACCAGCCCUGCCUCCCCCAGCUAGGCAGCCUGGCUCUACACCCUUCCAGUUUUGGAUAUUGGAACAUUUUGUUACAAUAAACGUUUCUAAGAAC